CCGAGUUGGUGACUAGUCUGCCUCGGUACGCUCCAUAUCGAUUCUUCAUGUAUUUAUAGUCUGGCCUUUUGUUGUGGUUUUGCAGCCGCAUGAAGACGCUCACAGCUUUGUCAGUCCUGCUCUUGGCGCUUUGCGCAGGUGCACGACAUCCACAGGUGCGACGCCAUGGUUGGAUGAGCCCAACCAAGGAGAGCUCUGAGAGCUCGAGCUCAUCUUUGCAGAGUUCUUCAAGGUCGUUCACAACGCUUACCAAAGAGUACCCUUACUACCACAGUUCAAAGGAGCUUCUUGAGGAGGCCCGGCGAUUGGUGUCUGGCUGCAAAUCAGCUGCUUUGAGAACCAUCCAAGAGGGAGAUGUCUCGAUGGAUGUGGUGCAAAUGAACUCGACCCGGUCAGCUCAAGCGGCGCGGAACAAAGUUUUCAUCCUCUUCGGUGAACACAGCCGUGAGCUCAUCAGCCCCGAGACGGGGCUUGCUUUGUUGCGCGAACUUUGCGAAGGCAGCUCGGAGUUGUCGAGAGAAGUGCGGCAGGACUCUGAAUUUCUGUUGGUGCUCAAUGGAAAUCCCAGAUCCCGGCCUGAAGUUGAAGGCGGAGACUACUGUUUGCGCACGAACCCAAAGGGGGUUGAUCUAAACCGGAAUUGGGACGAAGAGUGGCAGAAGGAUUCAGUGUCCCACGGCGAAGCCACAAAUCCAGGCCCCGCCCCGUUUAGCGAGCCAGAAACACGCCUCCUUCGGUCAUUGGUUUCAGAAUACAAGCCGACCACCUACCUUUGCGUGCACAGUGGGACACUGGGACUCUACAUGCCAUGGGCCUUUGACCAAGUCCACGCAGCGGAUCGUAACCAGAAGGCCAUGAUGAGCGUUCUUGAAGAGCUGGACAGAAGCCAUUGCCAAUGUCCGUAUGGUGCAGCAGGAAAAGAGGUUGGCUACAGUUGUCCAGGAACGUCUUUGGACUGGAUAUACGACAAGCUUCAGACGCCCUUUGCUUUUGCCUUCGAGAUUUAUGUUGGCAAUGGGCAGAUGGCGAUGCUCAAGGAGAAGUGGCGCCAGAAAGCGCACGCAUCCUCUGCGCUGCAGAUUAACCACCUGGCGAAUGCACGACCAGACUUUUUCAAGGCACACCCAUCCGACUUCAUACAAGUGUCAAACACAGAGGUGGCUGAAAGCAAGAACAGUCGCGACUGCUUUGAGCUCUACAAUCCUGCCAGCGAGGACGUCUUUCAUGCCACGGUGAAUAACUGGGUCACUGCGUACCUGGAAAUGGCUCAAAAGGUGUCCAAGCACUUGCAGGAUGGAAAAGGAGCUUGAAGGGGCCAAAGGGCCGGGCCAAAGGGCCACGCCAAAGAGAUUUCGUUUCACGAAAUUCGAGUGUUACAGGCUUUGAGUCUCUAGCUCCAGCGCACCAAGAUGACAAUGCGGGGCAGAGCA